AAGAGAGCGCCAACCGCCGACGCCUUCAGUCUGGUCUACGUUCCCGCAAGUAAAGGAGUUCAGUCAAGCGCUCUGAGCUUGCUCUUCACUCCUCUCAAGUUCAUCUUUAUUGUUCAACUAUUGGCUGUAUACAUGGAAAGUUGGUGUCUCAACCUUGCUGCAAACGCGGAUUCCAAUAAGAAGACUAAGAAAAGAUUGAUUCGUCUUAUCGACUACUACAGCCCUUAAACUACGUCCCACCCAUUUUUGCAUUUUGCAAGCAUUGUAUAUCUGCAUUGAAGCAGCGCUUACAUCAGAAACUCUUCAAGAGGAUACAUCUGAAGUGUGCUUAACCUGCUGGGCUGCUGGAUAUUUCGAAGCAUUGAAACCUAGUAACCGAGGGAAGAAAAACUCUCUAAAAGUUUGCCGAGACCUGCCAAAGAGUUUUCCAUUUCACCUGUUCCAUCGCCCGCCAUCUCGCUGACCUGCGAUGAACAUCUUACGCCCGAACACGUACAAGGCCGCCUUGCCGGCCUUGCCAAGUGAUUUCUUCGACUACCGCGAGUCUCAGGAUGAGGCGGCCGCAAUGCUGCUCUCCAAGCACAUCUGGAAACUCAUCCAGAAGUCCAGCAACCGCCUGGCACAGGUUCCAGGGUGCGAGGGAGGCUCCGUCUCUGUGAUGGUCGCUGCCGACUUCCUGAGUCGUCUCGCCAGGGACGUCGUACGCGUAACCGAGGGCGAACUUUACGGCAUCCGAGGGUGCGUGCUGCAAAUAGAGUACCGUGAUGGAGAGGAGCGCGUUUCUAUCGGCAGGAUAAAGUGUGACCCCAAACUGCCUGUGACGACGCAUCUCACGCUCAGCCUCACCCGGGACCGCAGCCGCCCUCAUAACAGCAACACGCUGCUUAGACUUUUCGGGUGGGGCACGGAGAGCGUGGUCUGCAUCAGCCCCGGCUACCUGCUGGAGAAGCGGCGUCUGCAGACCCUCUGAUCCUCAGACCCUCUGUACUAUGCCCAGCUGGAGCGCAUGGUCCUCGAGGGCAGCGGUGCAGCGGCCCGCCAAGACAAGAACAAGAAGAACUGAUGGCCGUUGUGACGAGCUAUGCAUUUAAUAAUUUAAUAGCCAUCCAAUUUGGGGUUUUAAAAUUAACGGGCAUACAAUUUUGGGUUGGAAAACGGUCUGAAUAUAUAUAAUAAGGGGAGACUUAUAUACAUUGUAGUGUUCGCACCGCUCUGCAAUUUUGAAAUUUAUAAAUUUUGAAUGCGAUAUAUUGAAUAGGCAGAUGUGUAACGGGAGCUGACCGAGGUUCAGGUGUUGUACAAGCAAACACAAACUCAAGUGUCAACAAUAAGUGAAUUCAGAAAACAAGAAAAAGUCUAAUAGAAGAUUAUUAAUAUCAAUAAAUGUUAAUUGAAAAUGGAAUUAAUUCAAAUAGCUUGGUCGAAGACGUUAUAAAAGUGCAGAUACUACAAAACUUUUUAUUCCAUGAAGUUCUAUUCUUUGGGAGUUAGACUGUAAACUAUCUUUGGAAUUGACCAGUGAAACUGUAGGGUAAAUAAUUGUAAAAAUAUUAAUCACUAUCAAUGAAUUAGAGCAAAAAAAUGAAAAUGACCAUUGUAGAACCGCAUAUUUUAUUCCCGUAUGGCUAAUUUAAAUUUAAGAUUUAAAUUAUUCCGAAAGAACAAUUUAAAUCUCAAUUAGUACUUAUACUUUUAACAUGUGUACCUCAAGUUACACCAUGUUUUUAACACAUGGUAAUACGUGGGGUAUGUUUACGCAAAAUGGCUUCUUCAGGGAACAGCCUGCGUAAACUGGAAUCAAAUAGGACUUGUCAUUGCAGUUUAAUUUAAGUUAUGGCUAUACAUUAUCACAAUAAUGAUUUUUUGUCGAUUUCUCAAAUUAAUUUGUGACAAGUUAUGCGUCUGUGGUUGAUGAAAUGUGAUAAUAUCCCAGGCCAAUGAAUAACUACAGGGUGUGUAAUGGCGCAGUUGAUGCAUUAUUUUGUCGGACCAAUUAUCCAAUAGUCUGCCCUUCAUAAGAUCUUUAUUGUUUAGCUCAUUUUAACAUUUCAAUGGCUUGAUAACUUACAGAAUUCAAGUUUUCAUUUAUAAAUUUCAACUUUUCUACAUUGUAUUGUGCAGGGAUUUAGUAUAAAUGCUGCAGGGACGAGUAUUGUGCAGUGACUUGAACGUAUUGCAAUGCAUUUAAAUGAAUUCAUCUAUGUUUUGUUCUCCUAGUUUUUUCAUUAGAAAAAUGUCUGUUCUUGGUUUUUGGUGGCUUUUUAUUAGGCAUUUUCGUUCUUUGCCAUCAUUAACCCGAUGAUUUUAUGAUAUUUGAUGCAUCGCAGGCUAUAAAACUUUGCUUCGACGACAUGGCCGAACGAUGACGCGUAGCAUGAUAUGAUGAUAGCAUGAUAUGAUGAUCGCAUGAUAUGA